AUGAAUCAAUCUUUUGCGCGUCCUCAAUAUCCGCUCGGUGGUGGUUUAUCAAAUUAUCCAAGAACGAGUUCAAAUCCCAUAUCAUCGUCCCUAUCAAACUCAAAUCCUUAUCGCAAUAUAACCCAUAGAAGAGUACCGGCAGCAUGUAAUUUUUGUCGAAUGCGUAAAUUACGUUGUGAUGGUAAUACGCCUUGUAGACAAUGCGCAAGAAGGAUGAUUCAAUGCAUUUAUUCGGAAGCUGCAGAAACA